UCUUGUGCCUACGCACACAAUCUCUCAACUCUGAAGAAACAGGCACUGUAACUGACUGACACCUGGGCACCACCGUUCGGUGGACCAGAUUGCCAUUGAGAGGAACACACGAAUCCCUAUCCAUGAAAAUGCUAGAGCCACCCACGCACAACCACCCCUAGAAACGCCGCCGCACAGAACCCUCCUUCCUCACCCCUACUCCUCCAGGCGGCGGCGCGGAGGGCUAUGGACGGCGGACGCGCGGCGCCACCCGAUGCCACCACGAACUUCUCCCCUUGGCCCAUCGUCGCGGUCGCUCCCGCCGGGAUCAGGGUUGAGAAUUGCUACGUAUUCAAGAGCCGCCUGCAAGAGUACGCGCAGAAAGCUGGUCUCCCAACCCCUGAGUAUCAUACCCUCAAAGAGGGCCCGUCCCACGAACCAAUAUUCAAGUCCACAGUGGUCGUUAACAACACCAAGUAUGAUUCGCUGCCUGGAUUCUUCAGCCGAAAGGCUGCAGAACAGUCGGCCGCUGAAGUUGCGCUUCUGGAGAUAGUCAAGUCUGUUCCAGCAACUGAAACCAGAAGCAUCCCAGCAGUACAAGAGACUGGCCUGUGCAAGAAUCUUCUUCAGGAGUAUGCUCAGAAGAUGAAUUACGCCAUUCCAUCUUACAUUUGCUCUAAGCAAGCUUCAGGCGUAGCUCCUUUCGUAUGCACUGUUGAGAUUGGUGGCAUACAAUACAUAGGUGCUGCAGCUAGAACAAAGAAGGAUGCAGAGAUAAAAGCUGCCCGAACAGCUCUUCUUGCAAUCCAGGGUCAAUCAGAAGGUUGUGCAAAUGGUGCCACGAAGUACAUUGUUGUUCCUGGACAAAGGCAGGUUAAGGAGACAGAUAAAAAGCCACUUGAAACCCUCAAAUCACUUAAAGUCAAGAAAAGUGGUGGAAAAAAGAAAUGGAACAAGCGGAAAUUCUUGAGGAAGACCGACCAGAUUGUUGAUGAUGAAAAGGAUGGAGCUAGGGAGGCUGGGGAUGUUCAUGAUUGUGAUGUCCCAAUGCAGGCAUCCAGAGACAGUAUAAUGCUGCAUCCUGAAGAGGAAGCUAGAAUAGUGGAACAGGAGCUUCUUAGAGAUAUGACAAUGCUGCAAGCUGAUAAGGAAGCUAGAAGUGUAAAGCAGGGGCUUCCAAUGCUUCAACACCAUGAGGAAGCUAGAAGAGUAGAACCUGACUUAUCUAGAGACGCUGCAAUGGUUCAAUUCAGUAAGGAAGUUGUAAUGCUACAAUCUGAUGAGGAAGCUAGGAUAAUAGAACCGGAGCCACCUAGAGAUCCUGCAAUGGCCGAACCUAAGGAGGCAGCUAGAUGUGUAGAACAGGAGCCACUCGGUAGCGCUGAAGUGGUGAAGCAUAACAUGGAAGCUAGAGCUGUAGAGCAGGAGUCAGUGAGCACCUAUGUAGCAUUGCAAUUUGAUAGGGACCAAGCAAAAUGAUGCAGCGUGAAGGAGGAGCCACCAAGCAAUACUGCAGUGAUGCAGCGUGAGGAAACAGAAACUCCUAAGCAAGAAGCACCUCAAAGAGGCGAAUUGGUGCAAUCUAACUAGCGAUGUAUUUCUAGAGAAGAACAAAUCUUCUGAACAAGAAGAGCAAAAUAUAAGGGAUGAAUUCAUUGCUGGAGGCAAAUAAGUCCGCGGGAGAUAAAAUAAAUUAUGGUGGUUGACUCCAAUUGUAAGGGCCUUCCUCCAAUGAUAAUAGUGUAUCGACACGUGAAAAAAAGAGAGAUGGGAGCGUGUGAAAAAACUGAGUUAAUUUAUGGUUGGCAUCAUUGGGCGAUUGCAUUCCUGAUGAACUAUAUAAACCAAGCUACUCAUCAGUAGUUUUUCCCUGUCAUAUUUGAACGGUUGAAUUGCAUGAUCUGGUUACCAGAUGGUUUGCCUUUCCUUAAA